AUGGGCAUUCAGUGCGUGUUUCUGGAAAUCCUGUUACAAUUACUUCUGAUAGUAACUGCAAUUUCAGCCUGUGCUCCCGGAUGGUAUGGAGACGACUGCAAAUAUGUCUGCCCCAAGAACUGCCUCGACAAAGUAUGUGACGUCAAAGACGGCAGAUGUAACAACUGUUCAGUCGGAUGGAUGGGUAGUGACUGUGAAUCGUCCUGUCAAAAAGGAAGCUAUGGAAAAGAUUGCGCCUUCGUAUGUAAAGGCUAUUGUAAAGAUGGCUGCAACAAGGUAAACGGAACAUGCGAUGAUGGAUGUGAUCCUGGAUGGUACACUGAUGGCUGCAAUAAAGAGUGCCCUAGUCCAUCAUAUGGAGCGGAAUGUAAAUUUACUUGCGGCCAUUGCCGGGAUGGAGUUCGUUGUAACCACGUGACUGGACAGUGUAGGACUGGCUGUGAACCAGGAUACAUUGGACAAAAUUGUAACAAUGUUUGCCCAGACGGCCACUACGGCAACAAAUGUGAAAAGACAUGUGGAAAAGAUGCCAAGUGUAAUCAUGUGACUGGCGAAUGCUGUGGCAUUACGGAACUUCGCAAGCUUUUGAAAGAAAAAGAGGAGAUGUUAUACAAGGAACACGUUUAUAGGACCAUACUCAUUGUCGCUCUAGCUGCGUUUAUGUCCCUGAGCUGUGCUCUGUUUUUGUAUAUAGUUCGCAAGUUCCGAAUUUGUAAUUGUUAA